AUCUAGUAUAUACGUUACAAACGUCUGAAACAGGCUUGUUACGGCUGAAUUCAAGGAGGACAAAACUCAAGAUAAAAUAGAUUCAAUUGAGCUUGUUUGUUGAUUAACGGAUACAAUAAGAUGCCAAAAGCAAUAAUCCAUACCAACCUGAAAGAUAAAGACGUUCCAGAGGGGUUUGAACUCCGAGUCACACAAAAGAUGGGAGAGGUGUUUGAAUUUCCUAUAGAGGUUAUCUACGUUACCUUGACAACUGGAGAUCGAAUGAGUCAUAAUGGAAGUAGUGACCCAAUGGUAUUCGUUGACAUGGUUACAGUGAAUAAGUUCAGCGAAGAAAACAAUCCUAGUUACUCCCGCCAGUUUAUGAAGUUCUUUAGUGAUGAACUCAAAAUUCCUCUGCACAGAGUUUUAAUUCAGUACCACGAUUCACAAAUGGAAGACUUUGGAUGUAAGAGACAGUCACCAGAGUAUAAAGAUGAGAGAUAUUUUCUUGACAACUCUAGAUAAUAACUAUCAAACUAAGCUUUUUUGUUGAGAUGAAAUAUUUAUAUGAAUAAAAGGAGAUCUUCAGUAUGACAGCAAUCCAACAACAAGUACACAAAUAAACAAAUAAACAAACGA